AUGGCCUUCCUUGCAGUCGGCCUCCAGUCUUUUCCUCAGGAAGUCGAGCCAGAAUGGGACGAUAAUGCAUGUUCCGAACUGGUCAAUCGGCUUGGCAAGAAGUUAGAAAAGAUCGCCCAAAUGGAUGAAUUCCAAAAGGCAUGGGUUCUUUCACGUGCUAAACAAGGGGGGUUUCUCAAAUGGCACGAACUGGCAAAUUCCCGAGAAUCGAUCAUAUUGUCAAACCGAAAUGCUUGCCAGACAGCUCUCUCAUUCGUGGUUACUUUCAAAAAAUGUGGCUUGCCGAUGAGUCCUGUUGUCCCGUGGGAGAGCUAUUCUCCCGAUUUUAUUCGUGCCUUGGGGUACGACCUAGACGAGUUCCGGGGACUAAGGAAACCCCAGAGGGAUGAUGUUGCACUCGGACUUAUUUUCGCAGGUUUUGUGGGAAAUUUUGAAGUGCAGGAAAGCCUACAAGAGACCAUUUCAUCACGUUUAGAUGUGCGCGAUGCAGAUAUGACACAACUCGCCACUUCACCCCCUCCUUCUCCUCCGAGCGACGUGAUUAGCCCAAAUCCUUCGACUGGCUCACCAAACAUCCAGCUCAAAGUAGGUUCGAGCAGCAUGCCCAGUGGUGGUGACUAUCCGGGAAGCGAGAUUGAUAAGCUUCUGAGGCCUAUGCAGCUGAAUUCCCUGACAAGCUUCCCAGCAUCCAACCCUAUGAAUGGUUUACACAGUGAUUGGACGUUAUUCCCAUCAGAUGGAAAUCUAAGAAGAAACAUGUCUUCGACGGCUGGUAUGGAUGAUAUCGGCGGCCCGUUGGUACGAUCCGACACAACGUCCCCAGAAACAGUUUCCACUCCUGGACUUGACGGAGGACCUUCCUGCUAUUCCACCCCCUCUACUAUAUGCGUUGAAACCCCACUAAUGGCGGAGCAACUGGAUUUUUCUGGAUUUGGGGCCACUUCUCCAACCAAACCGGCUGAGACGAACAGCUCGGAUCAGACCAUCCUUUGCUUGCUGCGUUCAUGCAAAGUGCCCAUUAGGCGUGCUCGCCGAGCUCAAUGUUCCAGUGAACCAUUGGAGAGUUCAUGCAAAGUGUCCAUCAGGCGUGCUCGCCGAGCUCGAUGUUCCAGUGCACCAUUAGAGAGUCUCAAUGAUCAACGAAUUGUGAGAAUUCUAGAGGUAGACUCUUUGCUUGUCGCCCAGGACCCCGGUAAGGCGCUGAGGCCCCUCUUGGACAAGUGGGAUAUAAACAAGUCACUUGAUCUGCCAGCACUUGGAUUGCCCUCGCGAUGGAAAGGAAUACAAGCAGCUGUAGAUUAUCUUCGACUGCUAGAUGCUGGCCCUAAAAAGUCCGGCUUGGAUUCCAUCGCGGAGCGACUGGGACACGUCCUGCUUUUCCUCAAUUACAAGGAACUUUGUAAGAAUCCCGAGAAAAACUCUCGGUUACCUGGAAAGACCCAAACGACCUCUGUUCUGGAAUCCAUUCUUGAUUGCUACACUGACGAUUCUCGUUUAUCCAAUCCACGGCAAUCUCGGCGCAAUAGGAUAACUACUUAUCAUCUCCGACGAGGCAAAUGGUGGUGGAGGCUUGCGGGUAAUUAUGGAAUCGGCUUAUUCUUAACCGCCGACAGUUCCUUAAUGGAAAAAAUGUGCAAUUAUACGUUUAUCGAGCCUCAAAUUGAUGUUCUCGUGACUUUGACUUUAAACACCCGCCCGGGAAGCAUUCGCAUACUCAAUGCAUUAGAGUCUGUUGUCAAAUCGCUGGUGUUUGCGAAUAUUAGAGAUGACCUGCGGCCAGUCAUCCUCGAUGAAAAGGAUGGUCUGCUUGGAAAACAGAAUUUGGCAAAAGCCUGGGCAGAGGAUAAAAGGGCAUUUGCGUCCCAACAAAUCGAACUCCCUUGGGCUUUAGUGAAUUCAAAAGCGAAUGCCGAGCAGGGAAUGACGGGUUUUUCCGACAGCUAA